AGGCAAAUUGAGAAACUUGAUGAGCAAUAUGAAUUUAUGUUAUAUUUCCAUUGUGAUGAUAGAAAAUUUACUGCAUUGAGCUAAAAAUUUCUUGUUAUUCUUAUGUGUACCUAUUGUAUUUUGUAUUACAAUUUGUAAUUUACAAACUUGAUUAAAGUUUUGGUUGCAGGGAAAAUGAUACUUUCGCAAGUUUCCCUGUUUUUCAAGGAAUAGAGAAGUCUCAUCUUUGCUCAUUUCUCAGUUCUAUGAUAGAAUUUCUAUCCAUGAAAAUCGAUCAAACUUGCAUGCAUUCACGUCCAUCAAUCUUAUCUCAACUCGUGCUCACGCCCUUUGUAAUUUUAAUUUCUGAUUUUGAUUUUUGAUUUCUCAAGGAAAACAAAUCUCUGUGGCUACAAAAGAGAAGUCUCAUAACUUUAUCAAGAUCCCGAAGCAGUCGACGUGCCCCCAUCCGGGGGAGAUGAAGAUGGCGACGAUGUAGAUGAUGAUGACGAAUCGUCCUCUUCGUCAGAUGAAGACGACUGGGAUGAAGAGGACGAAGAAGAAAUGAUGCAUGCAAUGGCUGAACAAGCAAAGGAAGACGUUCGGCGACAGCUAAGAGAACUCAAGGCUGUGUAUCGCUCAAUUAAACAAAGGAAUAUUGAAAUUCCUGAACGAUUCCGGAUUAAAGACUCAGAUCUUAAGCUACCUCAACAAAUCUACGCCCAUAUUUAUCAAAAGAUUGAAAAGGAAUGUGACGAAGUCUUUCGAGUUCAUGAGUAUGAGUCAGCAGAAACGAUAAUCCAGUUGGACAAGAUUCGGAAAUUUUACUUUGACCCUAUUGAAACUCCCCAUAUUGUGGUAAAAGAUAUUAGCCACGAGUUGCAAGUUCAUACCAUUCGAAAUAAAAAGACCACGAUAGAGUUUGAGAAUCUGGUGGCAAACAACAACGCCAUCGUGGAGGAAGAGAAUCGACGCCGCAUGGAACAAGUCGUCUACACAGAGUCGGAAGUGAAACAAGAGCUGGAACCGAUCAAACAAGUCUUUGCCCAUGAACUCAUCGGCGAUUAUGAAGACAAUUUCGACUUGUACAGUGUCGAAACUGCUCAUAAUAUCCGACAUUUGGAAAAACGACUUGCUCAAAAAUAUGAGAGGGAGUGUGCUUGGCAAGAGCUAAUGGCCAAGAAAAUCCCUGCAGAUUAUAUUCCACCAGAGGAUAUGGAAGUUCUUGCCCAAGCGAAAAAUAAUACUGGGGCUUAUCAAUUGCAAACAUCGGAAUCUUACCCCGGGGAGCAGAUUUCAAUUGCAGAACGUCGCCAGCGAAUCAUCAACAUUAAACUUUCGAUGCGAGAACAAGUACAGAAAUUUAACAAGUUAGUAAUUGAAGCUCGAGACGAGAAACCUCGCGUAGUCCAAGAAUGUCAUCGACUUGAGCGAGAAAUUCGGAAAGUACACGUCCUUCUGCCUGAGGAACAUCGAAGGAAAAUUCCACCCAUUUUCGAUAUGGAACCUGACGAAACUCAAGAAGGUCUGUUUGACAUUAGUCCGUCGGAGGUUGAGGCGGAAGAACAGUCUUUAUUGGCUGCUGCAGGACUUCAAAACAUUAUGGACGAUAUUAUGGAAGAUUUUUAUGGGGUCAAGAAACCAGAAAAGGACAUUUACGAAGACGACGAUCGAACUGGCUCUUUUGUCCCACCCCCGGCGGGCGCAAGGGCAGCUAGACAAGCCAAAACCGUUGACCUCGAAUUUGAAAGCGUUGCAAGUAAUCGUUGUCGAAAAGUGCAAUUCAAUGGUCAAAGUGAAGCUGAAAGAAAAAGGUUUGAAGUCCAGUUUUAUCCACGACUGUAUCGCCAAGAACUAUUAUUCAAAGAACUUCUCCGUGUUAUCAACUAUUUCCACGAACGGAUUAAAUAUAUUCAUGACAUACGAGUAAAGCUGGAGAUCGAGUCUAAAGUCAAAACAAUUUGCUUGCUCAGCAUGAUCAGUGAACUUGAGAUCGCUAAAGACUUUGACAACCAGGAGAAAACCAUAGGAGAGAUCCUCCUCGUGCAGAAAGCUGAGAGUAAAAAUGCAAAGCAUCACAUGGAUAAAAUAAAGAAAAAGUUGGUAGCUGUCAACGGGGAUAUGAAAAAGUGCGAAGAUGAAUUAACAGCAAUCAAUAAAGAUGUGGACCGAGCGAUUGGGGAAAAGAGCAGAUUUCAUGACUAUUUGUGGAGAGUUUUCCGGAAAAAAAUAAAACUGGAAGUUGAUGAUGACACUGACAAUGAAGAAGAACAAGAAGAAGAGGAUGAUGAAGAAGAAGAAAAUGAAGGCGACGACGAAAAUGGUGGAGAAGAGGAAGUCAACCUCCCUCUGAAUCCUGAGAAUGACGGCCGCGCAUCGAAUGCAUUUUGGCCAGACAAGUCCAAAACGCGUCUCGAUAUUGACAUCUGUCCAGAUCACUUGGACCGAGCAAUCUACGAUCACGUUCUUGACUUGAGACUAAAACGAGUAAUGGUUGAACAAGAGAUGGAAAAAAAUAAAAAGCUUGGAGAAAUUGUGUCUGCCGAAUAUGUAGAUAUUGAAACAAAUUAUCAAAGGUACCAAGACCGCUUAACAGAAAUGGGAGAAGAAAUACGAAUCAUGCAACGCCGUCGUCAAAAGAAAAUGAAUGAUUUGAAACUUAUGAUUAUUCUUCGAGCUGACCAAAUUCAGUGCAUGGAUAUUGACGAGCUUUCAGAAAUGGAUGGUGAACUGCUGGAUAAGCUGGCUCAAAGUUUUCCUGGAACAGGAAAUGUAGUAAUUUUUCCAAAGGACGGAGCAGGAAAACUUGAUGCUCGAGCGGCCGAAUUACUAAAAAAAGGAAAAAUAGAAUUGGAAAAAUUCAAGCGUGGCAAAAAUAUGUUGGUCCGUCUGCACGAAGAAUUUCGCAAAGCUGAAAAUGAAGUUAAAUUGCUUAAAGAACAAGUCAAGCGAGAAAUGACUUUCAAGUUUGGCCAGGAAGUAGAUUUGGAUAAAAUAUGCGCAUCUGUAAUUAAUUUGACUCUCAUGCGUCAAGAAAUGUUGCUGGAGAAGACCAAAAUGGACAAUUAUAAGGAAAGAGCUAAAAUCAAUCAGGAACUGUUGGAAGUGAAAUAUCAGCUAACGGGAAAAAUUGAGGACAACUCAAAGUUAAAUAGGUUACAGGCCGUGAUGCUUGAAAGACGACGGGAUUUAGAGUAUUAUAUUUGGAAAAAUGAAAAAUCGACAGCAAAUGAUGAGGAAGGAGGGCCUGGGGGAGAUGUGUCGAAAGAUUUGUUACCAAAACUAACGUCGAGCUGCCUGACCCCGUCUAAUUCAAGUAUUUACAAUUUUGACUACACUAAACUGGAGAAAGAUAUUGAAAAUGCAAAAAAACUACUUGACAAGCAAAAUAAGAGAAUCACAGAAUUAAAAGGCGUAUUAACUAAAUGUAGAACAAAGGCAGGUAUGCCACCUCUCCUAAAGAUGAGCAUGAAUGCAGAUGACACGAUACCAAAUUUUACACGGACAGCAAAUGAGAUGCCAACUCUAAACGAAUAUUGUCCACAAAUUCAAAUACCAACAUCAGACAAAUGUAAGAUUCCACCCAAAAAGGAUUUGUAUUUGGGUGAAAGGUCCAACCCGAAUUUGGGCGAUUACGAUUUCUUUGCCGAGUUGGAGAUACGUGACAUGCAUGGAAAUGAAGUAAGGUAUGGCGAAAGUUCUGAAGAUGAAGAUCGCACUGAACGAUCCGAGGAAGCUGUCAUUGCCACCCAAGAUAAAACCAUGACGGACGACUCAGAAUUUGACAAAUUGGGUCAACAAUUUGAAGAAGACGAACUGGAAAUUGAUGAGGACGACGAGGAGUUUUCGCCCCAAAUGCCCGAUGAUGACCUCAGUAAUGUAACCGAAGAAGGAAAAGAAAAGAAGCACCUGACGUUAAAUCCUGAAUCUGCCAUGUCUGGUAGUGGGGGUGGUGGGAAAAGCAGUGAGGGUUCCUCAGAAAAGAAACGUAGAGCAAAAGCCAAAAGGGCAAGUCGGAAAUCGGUUCUUCAAAUUGCUGAGGACGCCAAGCAAGUCACCGAAUCGGAUGUAAUGAACAGGAUUCACAGGUACAGCUUGGCCGUGAAAUUGGCUGAUGAGACAAAUGAGGAAGAGAUGAACGAGGACUUUCUUCACCUUGGCGGCGUGGAUUCAACCAGCCAACAAAAGUAGCCAGAGGAAGCCAUCGUCAAGAGACCGGAAGUAACAUCAUCCGCCCAUUUAAAUAUGUGCAGAUUCUAACAAUUUCACAUAGUUUUAUUCGAUCACAGAUAGAAUAAGCCUCGCCGUGAGACGAGGGAAUAAAAAAUAAAUAAACAUUUGUACAUUGGGAACAAUAUCAUAUUCAUAGACUAGUGUGCCAUACACUGUAAGGAAUCAUGCACAGAAAUACAGAGUCAUGUUUGUGAGAUCAUAAAUAAAUAGGUAAUGUUUAACGAUCCA